AUGCUGUCGGAACGGAACAGUGAAGCGGAGUCGACGGCGUUCCUUCCGACAGGCGCAUUCGGCGUGCUCUCUGGUGAUGGGCUUGGAAGGGUGAGCUGAUA